AGAUAGUGCUAUAUGGAGACUUGCCACAGAAAGAGAAUAUUUUAUAUUUAUCUAAUCAUCAAUGUACAGUUGAUUGGAUUAUUGCAAACAUGAUGGCUGUGCAGCAGAAUGCCUUGGGCCAUGUUCGAUAUGUUCUGAAGGAUGGUCUGAAAUUCCUUCCUCUGUAUGGCUGGUACUUUUCACAGCAUGGUGGAAUUUACGUUAAGAGGAGUGCUAAGUUUAAUGAGAAGAAUAUGAGGAACAAGUUGAAAUCUCAGAUGAAGGCUGAGACGAAGAUGUACCUUGUGAUAUUCCCAGAAGGAACACGUUACAAUCCUGAUAUACCACAGGUCAUUGCCGAUAGCCAAGCCUUUUCCAUGAAAGAAGGGUUGCCAGUCUUAAAGCAUGUGUUGACUCCACGAGUGAAGGCAACUCAUGUAACAAUUGACACUAUGCAUGACUACCUGGAUGCUGUUUAUGAUGUCACUGUUGCAUAUGAAGCAACUACAACGCAGAGUGGACAACGGAAAGAAGCACCAUCAAUGACAGAUUUUCUAUGCAAGGAAUGCCCAAGAAUUCAUAUAGUUGUGGAGCGUAUCAGUGUGAAGGAUAUACCCAAGGAGCAAACAUUUAUGAGAAGGUGGCUACAUGAGCGGUUUGAACUCAAAGACAGGUUACUGACGGAGUUUUAUGAGGCUGCAGAUCCAGAAAAGCGCAAUAAGUUUCCUGGGGAAGGUCAUACUGCCAAACUCAGCUUAAAAAAGACUGUGCCUUCUUUGUUACUUUUAACUGGUGUGACUGCUGGCAUGUUGUGUACAGAAACUGGAAGGAAAGUUUAUAUCAACACAUGGAUAUAUGGAACUUUAAUUGGCUGUCUAUGGGUCAGUAUAAAGGCCUGA